AUUUUUAAUUCCAGUUCAGACCAACCAAGCACAACCAAGUCAGUCAGCAGCAGCAGCAGAGCAGCAGUAGUUAGUCGAUGGUUCUUUGGCCCCCACGUCGUCGUGCUUUGCCCAUUCUUAGCACUCUCCGACUCGGAGUGAGCGAGCGAGCGAGUGAGUGAAUGAGCCAUAGCGGAACGAACAGAAGGCAGACAGAGAUCGAGCAAUUCCGUUCCUCACUUUUUCUUCUUCUUGGGUCAUCGAAAAAGAGGAACAGAAGGCGAGGCGUCUCUUCUAGUAACAGCCGCUUCUAACAACACCGUCCACCUGGAUGUCAUCUCGCAUCGUCGGAAUUGAAUAGAAAGGAAAUAAACAUGCUGCGUGUGGAGAGUGGGAAUAGCAUCCACGGUUUCACCGAGUUCGAGGAGGACAUCCACUUCGACGACGACGAUCCGGACUUUGGCGAUGACCAUCAUCAUCACAUCCACCACCACCAUCAUCAUCACGUGCCGACCAUCUCGGUGCCCUUCAUCAUAGCAGUUCCUGCGAAAAUGUCAUUGGCUAGUGUGCAUCCGGUCGAGCUACAUUCCAGUCAUAGUUCCCUGACCACGCUGAGCCACAGCUUGGACGACGUCUCGAGCUGGAGUUCGCAGGUCGAGCAGGUGAUGACCAUCGAGCAGCUCAGGGACCAGAUGACCAGCUGCUUCACGUGCGGCGUCUCCUGGGCCGACGACCACGUAUCUCUGGACUGCUCGGAGUGCGGCGGUUACGCUAUGCGCCGUCCCUGUCCCAGCUGCGACGGCACAUGCGGCUCUCAAUGGAAACGGGACCUCUCCAUGUCGCACGCCAGCAGCAAAGCCAAAUGGCUGGGCGAAUGCUCCACCACCACCACUACCUCCAACCAACAGCAGCAGCAGCAGUCCGCCAAAGACCUGGAGCAUCGUGAGGAGCAGCACCAGAAGAAGGAGGUUACAACUGCAGUAGCAGCAACAACAACAUCAGCAGCAGCAGCAACAGCCACCACCACCACGAAUCGGAUAGCAGCGCAGGAGCUGUGCAAUCGACUGGAAAAGCUGUCGGCGACGACAAACUCGUGACGGCAUUUCACCCUAUAGAUGUUGAUUUUAUUUUUAAACUUUACUUUUAACUUUACCUAAUUUCUACUACCUUUACCGUCGCCGGCCACCCGCGUUUCUACAAUAUAAUUUCGCUUUCGAAUUCAAAUCGACAAAACCAAAAACAACCACCACCACCACAAAAUACCCUCUUCUCCACGACCGAAGAUCAAAAGGAGUGAGUAGUAGAAGGGUGAGAGGAAAGAAGGAAACAACAUUCGCCCACUCUUAAAAUAAUAUCAACAACAACAACAUGCAUCUCCGACAUAUCAAAAGCGCGCAGCUCCUUUCGUUGAUCACCCAUUGCAAAGAGUUUGUCGUUUUUUUAAGAAAAUCUCUAUUAUCUUGUGAUCGGCGCAUCUUUUUU